UCGAUUGCUGGCGGUCGAAGCGUUGAGACGUCUGUUCGCGGCUGAAUAAAAAAACUGGGCGCGAGUGAAGCGAACUCUUUUUGUUAACUUUUUUUUAUUUAAACCUCCAACCACUCAUAGAGAUACUGAGAUUAUCUAAAUGCCAGUUUGCAUUUACACCCAACCGUCGAGAAUCACCAAAAGCCUUUCGAAUAGUUGCCACAUUUUCUUAGAGUGUGCCUGAGUUGCACAUUCCGUCCUGAAGAUGGCGCUGCGCCUGCGUCGCGACGUGCAGAAGGCCUCCUACUAUGUGUGGUUCCUGGGCGCCGAGGAGGCGAAGGGGCUGCGUGGCGCCCGCGUCAUAAACUCGGUCCUCCCCUAUUUGGUGGACAGAUCCCGCGGCCAGGAGCCGCUCAAGGUCACGCUCCAGGUCUCCCACAAGGGCAUCAAAAUCGUCCAGGGUGCCUCGAAGCAUCUGAUUCCACACAGUGCCAUAACCAGCUCGGUGCAGACGGACGACAUCGUCGCCUGCGUCCUGCUGCUCUACAAUCCGGCCACCAAGUGCCCGCUCCACGUCCACGCCUACCGCUGCGACUCGGAGACGACGGCGGAGGCACUGCAUCUCCAGCUGCAGAUCCUCAUCAACCGGCCCGACAACCAGAAGCGUUUCGAGGAGCUGGAGACCAGAUUGGGCAUCCUGCCGCCGAUUCCCAUGAACGGUAGCAACGAGAAGCGGCACGAGUCGAAUGGCAAGACCUCGUCCUCCGGCGGAGCAGGACCGGGAUCGCACCACCAUCACCAACUGCAGUCACAACCAUUGGGUGGAUAUCGUGAGGGUCGCCGCCACGAGACCUCGUCCCCGAAGAGAUUCAGCAGCUCGCUGGGCAGCGAUACGGGCAACAGCACCCGGGAAUCGGAGUGCAGCGAGGAGCACGGCCUGGUUGCGGGUGGCUCCUCGCCCGUUUCCCGCUCGCCGCCGCACGGCAACUCCAAGUCCCAUCCGCAUGCCCAUCCACAUCAUCCGCCACAUCCGCUGCACCAUCCGCCGCUGACGCCGCAGCAGAAUAGCGACCUCUUCGACUCCCUGGCCGCCGAGCUGAGGGCCAAGUUGAAUGGUAAUGGGCCGCCAUUGCUGCUCCCGCCAAGGGAUUACGAUACGGUGCACCGUUCCAAGGGCAACCUGACGGCCAUCGAGCUGCGGCGCUGUCGGAACGCACUGAUUGUGGGCGGAUCGCCGAAGGGUCAGGUGCCGGGUGUGGCCAAUGUGGCGGGCGGAGCGGCGGCCACCGCCAAUGGCAAGCAGGUUUCCUCGCGCGGAUCCUCGGGCAUCGGAUCCGAUCUGGCACCAAGUCCGGAGCGGCAGGAGCUCAACAGUUCCAGUGAUGACGAGCACUGGUCGAACGAGGCGGACAACUCGGUGAUUGCUCUGAAGCCGUCACAAAUCGCAUUGCCCCAUCACGCGCAACUGAAGCGGAAGAGCGCCGUCCAGCCGCCGGAGGAUAGCUAUCUCCGGGAUCUGCCAGCCAAACCAUAUCAGCCGCGUCCCAGCGAAAGGGAACUGGAGCGGGAGCGGGAGCUGGAGAGGAACAGGGAGCGUGAACGGGAGAGGGAGCGAGAUCGAGACCGAGAGCUCGAGAGGAACAGAGAACGGGAGCGGGAACGUGACCGUGAGCGCGACCGGGAUCGAGAACGAGAACGAGAUCGCGAGCGCACCAAGACUCCGGCUUCCAUUUCGAACAAGUCCUGGAGUCGCGAGGAUGAGAUCAAGCCGAUCAUAAUGCGUCCGGCCGACUACGAUGCCAAGUUCAAUCGGGUGAUGCAGCAGGAGCAGCAGCAAUCCGCCGUCAAUCAUCAGCCGGCCAAAUUGAGGGACACGGAUAAAUACAACGAGAUCAAUCGUCUGCUGAACAAGAAGCUGGCCCACGAGCCACGGGAUCGGAAGUCACGCUCUCGUCUGGAUGAUAACCACGAUGAUUUCGAGGACUCGGAUCCGGGCAGUGAGUCGCUGCCACUGCACCACCAACAGCCGCAGGGACCACCAGUGCAUCACCAUCAGCGCAAGGAGAACCUCACCGACAAGCAGAAGUUCAUGGAGUAUACCAGCAAGAAGCAGCAGCUGCUCAAGAAUUAUGGCGCUGGCGAGGAUCAGCGCUAUCGCCAGCGCUAUGUGGAGUCAACGACGGAGCAUCUGCCCUUCGAUCAUCCCACUGGUGGAGUGCCCACAUCCACGGGUGGCUCCGCGGGUCACAACAAAUACGCCGCCGUGCACAGGGGCACGGAUCUGGGUCAGAGGACCACGGAACGUCGACAUGACAGGGAUCGGGGUGACCGAGAUCAUCCCAGGGAUGCGGAACGCGAGCGGCGAAGGGAUCACGAACGCGAGAGGGAGCAUUCCCGGGAUCGCAAUCCAUACAGGGAGGCCGAGAGCCUGCCCUACAUACAGAGCAUGGAGAAGAUGAUGAAGUCCACGGGCAUGCGUUACGCAGAAGCUACUCCCAAGACCAGGGAGCGGGAGCGGGAGAGGGAGCGAGAUCGUGACCGGGACUUUAGGGAGCCACCGGUCCCGCAGAGUUCCCAGCGCGAUCGCUUCCACGAUGCCAAGGACAAGUUCCGGGCAUUGGAACAGCGACCUGCGGUAAAUCGCUAUCCGGACGUGGAUGAGCGCGACACACCGCAUCGGGAUCCGUAUCGAUCGUCAUCGCGCCGGCGUCGCGGUUCCGUUGAGCCACCCAGCACGUACGAGCAGUGGAGCGAGGAGGAGGAACCGCCGGUGGUCAGCGAAAAGUCCAAUCCACGUGACCUAAACCGAUCCCGAGCCAGAUCCCGCGGCGAAUGGGAACCGGAGCCUCCCAGGCACUUGGAGCGCAGCGUGCGGGACAGAGAGCGGGAUAGAGAUCGGGACUACAAUCGAGACCAGUCCCGGGAUCCCUACCGUCAUGAGCGGGAGCGUGAAAGACUCGGUGGACGCGCCCACUCCCGGGAAUUCCUGCAGAGCGUGGAAACCAAGAAUCCAUCGACGACGGGUUCGGGUCGUGGCCACAUGGAGCGAUAUCCCUCACCAGCAGCCACGCCCAUAAGAUCUGGAGAUGUAGGCGGAGGUGGUGGUGGUGGUGGCGGCGGUGGCGGCGGUGGUGGUGGUGCUUCUUCCGGUGGAAAUUCGGGCAAGCCACUGACCCAAAUGCCCAAGGGCUACAGGCACAGCUAUGCGGAGCCCGUUUUCGCCAGGACCGGCGGACGAGUUGGUCUGGCCGCAGUUAAUCCCUAUUGAGAAGGAUCCGAACUUAGCCAUUAAGUGUGGUUCUUGCUCUUGGAAUAGGAGCACCCCUGACCAAAAGUGAAAACCGUGCAACGAAGUCCAAACUAAUCGAAUGGGGGUGUCGCAAAAAUCUCCAAGGAUUUUAAAAGAAAAUCUUUUUUUGUUUGGAAUACAAAUUCAUACUUUUGAGAUCUACAAAAAUUUUAAAUACAGAGAUUUUUGCGACACUCGACUAACAAAAAAUAAAACAAAUAUCCAUGUAAACAUUAAGUCUAAGAAGAAACAACAGUGGCUACUGCUUACGACGACUCCAAAAAGAGUAAGCACUUUGCUAACUAUCACGUAUAAUUCAUAUACUCAAUUGCUAUAGCAAAGUAUGGCCUCUCAACUAUAUAUGCCUUCAUUCCUGCCCCGAAUUGAGGGAUUGGGGAUGGGAGAUCGGAUGGAAGAGAAAGGCGCCAGCCCCUGUAAUUAUGUGCCUUCAGAAAGAGAGAAAUCGUGUUUUUAUUAUAUGCAUAAUACUGAUUUAGCCUACGAUUAUAUUGUAUAUGUAUCUAAUGUUAUCUAAAAGCCAACGAAACAAGAAUCGGUUUGGAUUUCUUACCAUUUUUUUUUUGUUAUUUUGCUACCUUAAGUUGCGCGGUUGGUUGGUUAUUCACCUUCUUUUUUUUUUGCUAUACAGUCCACAUAUGUCAUGAUAUCUGAUAUCUGUAAGCAUAUAAUAUAGAUAAAUAUAUACAUACUACAUAAAACAUACGCAUAGCUGAUGUAUCUAUUGUUAUCAACUUGAUAUUUGCAUUAAUAAAGCGCUAGUAAAAAUA